AAGUACCAACUGGAUUCACUUUCCUACCAGAAACAAUGCCGAAGUAGUUAAUCGACGUUACUGUCCCUUGUGGUGACGGACAAACAAAAAAAAAAAAUAAAUAAAUAACACACGCCAAUUGUGUAAUAAAUUCAUUCAUCGCAAACACUUUUUUAAUGUUAAAAAUACUACAAUAUCGUUUUCGUUCAUCGGUACAACCGUGGCACUUGAACUACAAGUUGGUGGACGGUCAUUUUUGUAAUAUGGAUAGACUAUGUCUAAUUUAGAUGACUGUCGGGAAUCGAAUAAUUCAACAGUGUGACAAUAUCCACGAGACCACGACGUAUAAAACAUACACUGCAAUACGCGACACUACCAGCCGACUAUCGUCUGUUUAUUUAUAGAUUACGCUUUUUUGGGGAAGUUUGACAAAUACGUACACCAUUUACCAUGUAAACACUGGCAUUGUUAUAAAUACAUUUUUCUUACUGAUUAUCGAUCGAUAAACAACAAUAGUCCAGGAUUCCCGGUGUUCAUAUGGCUUCAAUUACGUAAAAUACCGAUUGUACCUAAUUAAAACCCCCGAAGACCCACACCGAAAAAAAAUAUUCAUUAGUUAUUUUAAUGAUACAAUAUUUUAAACGGUUCACAAUGUUUAUAUUGUUAAAUGGAACAUAGCUUAUAAAAAUAACACUAUAUAUUAUCAAUAAGAAUAGAUACAUUUGUAGAAAUAACACUAUAUAUUUUCAAUAAGAAUAGAGAAGAUUAUUAUCAAAUCAAUCAUAUUUAUUAUUAAAUUGACAACAUGAUAAUUAUUAUUUUGAUAUAUUGAUACUAAUGUUAAUCAUAAAACUCUUAUAAUUACAUCAAUGUUUUUAUCAAUUUUAAAGUCAGUAUUGUACUAUUAGAUGACUGUCGGGAAUCGAAUAAUUCAAUAGUGUGACAAUAUCCACGAGACCACGACGUAUAAAACAUACACUGCAAUACACGACACUACCAGCCGACUAUCGUCUGUUUAUUUAUAGAUUACGCUUUUCGCUUUAAGUACUAUUCAAAGUUGGUUAAAUUCUAUAAAAUACGUGGCUGGAUAUAAUGCAGAAUACAAUGCUCAGUUAAAAAUAAUAACAAAAACCAUGUCAGUUCAAGAAAAAAAAUGUGUUAUCUUAAUUGAUGAAAUAUCUAUAAAAUGUUGUUUGGAAUAUAACGAAUCCCUUGACAUGAUUGAAGGAUUUGAAGAUUUUGGAAAUUUACGGCGUUCAGGAAAAUCAGCUAAACUUGUUUUAGUAGUAAUGAUUCGAGGAUUAUGUAAUAACUGGAAAUUACCAUAACUUACUAUUUUAGUUCAACCGGCGUUUAAGGAAACCAAUUAGCAGAAAUUAUGGAACAAACUGUCGAAACCAUAAUAAAACUUUGAUUUUCAGCUGUUCGUAUAACUUGUAAUCAAGGUACAGCAAAAUCGUAAAAUGUACACUUUACUUGGUGGUAGUUCAGAAAAUCCAUUUACGGUAAUAGGAGGAAGAAAAGUAUUUUUGAUUUACGAUGUUCCUCACUUAGUUAAAAGCGAGGGGUGAACACCUUGGGGGUAAUCAGUGUAGAAGGUGAUGGUAAUCAUGGGUAUUCAUGGGUAAUCAUAGGUUUAAUCAUUGAAAUCAGUAAUCUGGUGUACAAAAUGUCUGUCAGGUGCAUCUUAUACAAAUUACAAGGUAAGUACCUAAAUACUUAUUAUUUUUUACAAGGAAUUAACGUUCAUAAUUAGAAUUAUAUUAUAUCGAAGAGGUAAAACUUAUAAGUUCUUAGGAUCAAAACUAUAAACCCUUCUAUUAACAAUUGUAUGUAAUUAUGUGCUUUAAAUUAUUAAAUAUUAUUAUGUAUUUAAAAUUAAUGGUAUUAGCAAGGGUGUUAGCACUAAUAAGGGUAUUAAUUGUUAAAGAAAUUAAUGUAGGUAGGUAAAAAAAACUUAUUGAUUUUAUUAGAACGAUGCUAAAAUAACAUUUUGCUUUAGACAAGCUGUAUAUUACAGUUUAAGUUUAAAACAUGGUUUUAACUAUUUAGUAGAUAAAUUAAUUGUACUAAUAGGCAAUAGCAAGGCGAUAGCUACCUUGUACCUACCUAAUUAAAAAAUGAGUAUGAUUAUUAACUCAUAAUACAUUUACUAUAUAAUAUAUACUCAACUAUGUUAAUUAAUUCAAAUGUAGGUAUAAUAAAAAUAAAAUCAAUGGUUAAUAUUUGUUAUGUAAAUUUAAUUUGAAGUGAUAUAUUUUUAACUUGGCAACAACCCUGCCAUGUGAAAUCAACCUUGUUCAGGAUACAACAAUAAACUUGCCUCGGAUAUGUGGAGCUUUGGAGAAGAAUACUGGAAAAUAGAAACCUGGCUUAUUUUUUGGAACUUUGAACAUUCGCACACUUUUCAAACCGGGAGCAGCACAAUGCUUAGUCAAAGAAAUCAGGAGAUAUAAUUUAGGAGUGGUAGCCUUGCAGGAGAUUAGGUGGAAUGGCAAAGGUACCUUGGAUCUUCAAGACACGACUAUAUUCUACGGGGAAUGUAAUGAUCGAAGACAAUUUGGAACGGGUUUUGCUGUACACAAAAGUAUAGUUCCUUUGGUAACAGAAUUUAAAAGUACUAACCCUAGGAUAUCAAUAUUGACGAUUAAAGGGAAAUUUUUUGAUAUCACUUUCCUGAAUGGGGACACGCACCUACGGAAGAAAAAACACCAGAGGAAAAGGAUGAAUUUUAUGAGAAUCUGGAACAAACCCUAAAUGAAAUCCCCCGAAAUAGAAUAAGGAUAGUCUUAGGCGAUUUUAAUGCCAAAUUGGGAAAGGAAAACAUAUUCAGAUCAACCAUUGGUAAUCAUAGCAUGCAUGACAUAACUAGUGAAAACGGACUUAGACUUAUCGACUUUGCGAGUGGUGGAGGACUUGUUAUGAAAAGCACAAUGUUCCCACGCAAAGAUAUCUACAAGGGGACUUGGAAAGCGCCUAAUGGUAGAUACACUAAUCACAUAGACCAUGUUAUGAUUAACACAAGGUUUAAAAACUGUAUACAGGAGGUAAAAACAGUCAGAGGAGCCGACUGUGAUUCGGACCACUACCUGGUAAAAGGAAAACUAAAUGUGAAACUAAAAAAAUUGGGAGUUAGGAAAGGUACAAUGGUGGACAGAUAUGAAGUAAGUAAAUUUAAGGACAAAACUGUAUGUGACCUUUUCAAACAACGGACGAAUGAAGCAAUGUCUAACCUACACAUAAAUCAAUUAGAUACGAUUGACGGCAAAUGGAAGGCAAUAAAGGAAACCUUAAAAGUGGUUACAGAUACGACCAUAGGGAAACAAAAAAAAGUAAAGAAACCUUGGUUCAACACUCCUUGUGAAGAGGCACUUAACAGAAGGAAAGAAGCUAGACUACUAUGGAUCAAUGACCCCACCAAUAGAGAAAAAGAAUCUACGUAUAAAGAACGCCAAAAAGAGGCGAGUAAUAUUUUUAGAUUCGAAAAACGUAAUACACGAAAGAUAUACUGUGGGAAGCCGAGACCAACCAUAGAGUUAACAAAACUCGUGAGCUGUAUCAGAAGAUUAAUGCAAUUAGGGGUGGGUACAAAAAACAUGAAAAAUUCUUAAAAAAUGAGGAUGGCUCCAUAAUUACGGAACAAGACAAGAUUAUAGAAAAAUGGAAAGAGUAUUUUAACCAACUGCUUAACUGUGAGGACCCUCCUGAAACUUUCACAUGGAUAUCAUCUGACCCUAAC